GGCGGUUGGAGGAGGAAAGCGAAUAAGACGGCGGCCGCCUCCGCCUCCCCCUUCCCCCACUUCCCAUCGUGCCCUGCGCAGGCUGUAGCGAGUGAGAGGCCGCGCUAGGGUCGGUCUCCGCGGCCUGGGCUCGCGCCGUUGUUCCACCCCCCCACCCCGCCGCGCUCCCCUGGUUUCCAAGGAGACGCCAACCCCCCCUUCCCCUCCGCCGCGCUCUCCGCUCGCCUCGUAGCUGCCGCCGCCGCCGCCAUGUCGGCCCAGGCCCAGAUGCGGGCGCUGCUCGACCAGCUGAUGGGCACGGCCCGGGACGGUGAGUAGGGGCGGGCGAGGCGGGGGCCUGCAGGAAGGAAGGAAGCGAGCGAGCGAGCGCCUCGGGCCUGGCGCGGACAGAGCCCUUGGGGGCCCCUGCAGUGGCGGGGCGCCGCCGUGGCUGAGGAGGCGACCCAUCUCUCGCCGCCGCAGCCGCCUCCGGUGUCCAUCGGCGAGGCCUCGCCUCAGAGGCCCACCCACAGCAGGGCCUCGCUUCCCCUGCAAACUGAGGCUUUCCAUCCCCUGAAAGAGGCAGCGGCUCUUUCUCUUCUUAAUAAAUCCAUAAGGUUUGAGGGGUUCCGUUUCUGGGAGGCCAGGGGUGAGUGAGCGCUUAGCAUAUGCUCAGAAACGCUCUUGCCCGACCGCCCCCCCCCAAUCGCCUUGCGCGUUUUAUUUCACACGUCCUUGGCUUUGCGUUGAACCCUGCUAGGAAAAGCCCCUCCCUGCUCAUAUUUGUAAGAGAGGGGCUUUGGGAUUAUCCUAGGAUUAUAUGAUAAGGGGAUAAGAAGGACGUUUUUGGCUGAUGGGCAUCUAAAAUGAGGAGCAACUUUGAAUUGCUUCUUUCAGUUAGCCAGGAUAGGUAAGUGGAGCUUCCAAGUCCAGCAGAAGUCUACCUCUUAAUACCAGAAGUGCUUGUGUAUGUUUUAGGGUGGGGUGAGGGCUCCCUGCCUUUGUGGCCUCCUUGUAGGUUUGCCAAGAGGCACUUUGGAAACUGGAUGUUUGAAGGAGUAGAUGGAGCAUUGGCCUGAGCCAAUGUUACUGCUGAGCCAUAUGGAGAGUUUAUAGCAAAAGACAGCUGGGUGCUAGCUGGCCGGAAGUCAAACCUGUCAGGCCAGUUUAAAGUUUGGCUGUGUGGCAAGUUGGCCAGUGUAGUGAUUGUUGGUCAUGGCAAUGUGGGUGGUGAGAGUCACCAAGCACAGCGCUUGGACGAAGGUGCCUAAGCAGGGUAGCCGAGUCCCCAGCACCUGCAUUAUCAUGCCUUCAAGGUGUGCCAGUCCAAAUGCCCACCAAAGCUGGUGGCGUAGUUCUUGACGUAACAUCUAAUUCCUGGAAACCUCUGCUCAGUAGCCUAAAACACUGCUACAGAUGGUAUAAGGGAAACAAUCAGGUGUUUUAGAGUAACUUAGGAUCUAGUGUGUUCAGUACAUUUCGAGGGCACUCUUGGAAAGCAUUGGCAAGGAAUACAUAUUACAUUAAAUCCCAUAACUCGGACACUUAAAGCUGCCUGAAACAUAAGGCUUUAAAUGCCAGAUUUGUUGGUUUUAGCUCUGUAUCAUGAGCUGAAAGCCUGACUUUUUCUGGUCUUAUGUGGUGAGGCUUUUCUUUUGUAGACUCGCCUGUAGAGGUAAUGCUUCGUGAAUAAAAGCACGAAGGUAGGCCUGUUCUGUAUGGAAACGGGACUUUAGUGCUAGCCCCAGGACAUCCCCUUGAAAAGCUGUGCAUUCCUGUCAAGGUUUGUAUCUGCUUCCUUACUUGAAUCGGCAACUAUCUGGCACAUUUGCAGAACUCUGCAGAUAACUUUUUGCACUUUGUUUCGUAAAUGAAUAAGUGCUCGUUCUUUCUUUGUGUAUUUGAGUUGCUUUUGAAUUGCUUCCCAUAAUUUUAUUUCAUACAAACUGAACAAUUGUGGCCCCUCUAUUUUAUUUAUAAAGGUUCAGUGUAUCUUUGCCUGCCUACAUCAAUCUGCAAGGGAGUUGCAGAAAAGCCUCAUGUUCAUCGAGCCGUGAGUCACAACCAAUUUUUAAAGCUGUUAUAACAAAAAAAGUGUUUGCUGCUUUUUUCACAAGUAACUUUAAAAGUGUAGCUUAGAAAAGAAAGGAAAAAAGGGAAAAAAUACAUUUUUAGUAGACACAACAUUAAUCCUGGAUGCUUGCGAAUCCUGAUCUAUAGUCAUACACAGACUAGCUUUUAAAAAACAAUUGUCACAUACCAUUACCACUUUGCCUUUACUUUUUAUGUAUCAUUCCCCUGACUUCCUUACUGCAGGUGUGGGCAAGAAAACUUUUCCUUUAAAACUUUUCAACAGCGGGCAUAAAAAUUCUGCAGCUGAGGUCUUGAAGAAGGCAGAUGGGUAUAGUAUAUGUUGGAGCUCGCAGUGUGUAUUAACUAACUUCCCUUUUUUUUGUUGGUUUUGCUUGUUUUUAAGUGGCUCCCAAAUGUAAAAAUGUUUUCUGAGGGCGGGGAAGGGGAGGGACAAAACAAAUUAUACUCUUCAGGUCAACACCAAAAUACGUCUGGUGGCCCUGUGGCACCUCAUUGCUUGUUAACAGUACAAGGCAGCAUCAUUAACUGAAAAGAUAGUGAAUUAAUAAAUGGCUGCUUAUUUAAAUUCCCAGGUGUUGAUCUGUUUUGUUCAUGGUGUACAGAGAGCACAGGUUUUGAUAUCUCCAGACCCUUCUCCAUGCAGAAGAAAAUUCUUUGUGGUCUGGAUCCUUGGCUGACUCUACUGUCAUUUUACACAGAUGUCUGGCUACGGGCAUUCUUGUGGUCAGCACCAUUCUUAGUAAGUGGUGCAUGUGACAUUAAAUGCUAUACUUGCUUCGGUUCUCGGCUGUGAAAGAAAAAUGAAUAUUCUGCGACUUAAUGCCUUUGUAGUUCUUCAAGCAGUUCUGGGGUUCGUGAAGUAUUUUUAUCUGCAUAAUGAGGUGAAAUAGAAACUUACCACAGUUUACCUUGCUUAGCAUUUUAAAUUUUUUUUUUUCAUAUUUAUAAUCAAACAUGAAUUUCAGGAGAUGAAACGAGGCAAAGGGUGAAGUUCACAGAUGAACGAGUCUGCAAGAGCCACCUUCUGGAUUGUUGCCCUCAUGAUAUUUUAGCAGGAACGGUAAGUACCCUUUCUGAUGGUGCUACAGAAUAUAUGGUUUAACAGUUAAAUCCUGCGUGGAAUCAUUCUGUGUACCUAUGUGUACAAACUCAAAAAACCCAAAUGGUGUCAAGCUGGCAACCUCCCAUUUCUCUAAUAAUCAGGAUCAUAAUACAGUGGUACCUUGGGUUAAGUACUUAAUUCGUUCUGGAGGUCCGUUCUUAACCUGAAGUACCACUUUAGCUAAUGGGGCCUUCCCCUGCCGCUGGAGCACGAUUUCUGUUCUCAUCCUGAAGCAAAGUUCUUAACCCGAGGUACUAUUUCUGGGUUAGUGGAGUCUGUAACCUGAAGCGUAUGUAACCCGAGUUACCACUGUACAGUACUUUGGAGUACAGUGGAAUUCUGUGUGACAUUACUUAAACAUUAUGAAAAACUCUACAUGCACACUUAAGUGUUCUGGUUAUGAAAUUGAGGUAGUUAAGUUGAGCCCUUAAACUCAUCUGUUAUGUCAAGUAGUUACCUGGGCAGCAGAAUUCAAAUAUAUCCAGUCAGCUGAUAUGAAAGGGGACAUCAUAAGGAAAAGCAGUAAGAUGUUCUCUUAGUAAUGUGUGCCCCUUUUAUUUGUGACAAUUUCAUAUAAAAUGUGGAUCAGCAGUAACUCAACCUUCUUUUAUUCAACAAAGAGCAUUAAUACAUAUAGCAGAAUAUAAUUCAGCCUUGUAUUUGAAAUGGGAGAAUCUUUGAAUUGGCAUGUUUCAGAAGUGCAUAAUUGGCCCACAGUGGAGUACACCAAAUGAAUUUUAAAUGGUUAAAAAGAAUACAAAACCCUUUUAAAUAUGUAUAUUAUUUUAAAGCUGUAGGUCUGUAGCUAGUGUCAUUCCUACUCAGAGCAGAUCCAUUGAAAUGAAUGAACAUGACUUUCAUUAAUUAUGUAUACUUUUAAGUAAAACUUAGUUAGAUACAACCCAUAUAUAUUAAUAUCAUCUGACUCAAAAUGAACAUGUAUAAGGUAGGGUUACUUUUUUCACUUUUCCAAACCUGGCUCAUGCAUUCUUCUAAGCUUAACGAUAUUUUUGCAUGAAUGUAAAGAUCUCAGGUUGUUUUGUCUUCUUUUCCCCCUUCUCAACAGCGCAUGGACCUUGGAGAGUGUACAAAAAUUCAUGAUUUGGCACUAAGAGCAGAUUAUGAAAUCGCAAGUAAAGAGAGGGACCUGUUCUUUGAGUUGGACGUAAGUGCUUUGCAUUUUUUUCUGGUAAUGAAAUGCUGGUAUCAGAUUGGGCAACAGUAAGUCUGAUAUUCUCGCUAAUCUUGUGGCAUUUUCCUUUGUAAGCUUCCUGCAAAAGUUAGCAGAAGUUUUCUAUACCAUUCACAAAACAGUGAUUUCUGAACUAUGCAGAGUUACAGCUAGUGGUUGUCAGAUGGAGACUUAGAACAUUGCACUCUAGAUUUUAAUGAGCAGUUUGUUACUAGACACAAAGUGUCCAGGGUUUCUCUUCAGAGCAAAGUUGUCAUGCUGGGCACUGGGUCCAAAUAAUCCCAAUGCAACAGGCCCAUAAAAUUAUUGCAGGAUAAUUUGCAGACUACGUAGUGUUUAUCAACAACAAUAAUAAUAUAUGCCUAAAAAAAUAAUGUGAUAUGCUGCUGUUCUGCCCGAAACAGGUGCAGUCACUGAGGCUGCACUCUAAGAUCAGAGUGGAGCCCACUGGUCUCGUAAUCAAUACCACUGAGCUAAAUCUAGUUUGUAGCUCUUUAAAGCAGUGUUUCCCAACCUUGGGUCUCCAGCUGUUUUUGGACUACUACUCCCAUCAACACUAGCUAGCAAGACCAGCGGUCAGGGGUGAUGGGAAUUGUAGUCUGAAAACAGCUGGAAACCAAAGGUUGGGAAACACUGCUUUAAAGCAGCCUUUGUCAACCAGGUGCCCUCCAGAUGAUCUACAGCUCCCAUCAGUCCUAUCCAGUACAUGCUUAACUGAGCAGAGUUGCCCUAUCCUCUUUCUUCUGAGGAAUCCAGCUCAAUAUAUCCUCUGCUGUACCUAAGAAUUCUAUUAUAAGAGCAGCGUAAAUAGUAUUUCAGUUAUUUUAAACUUCUACCUAAAAAUGUCUUUGUUGCCAUUUUGCCAUUCUUGGUGUUUGUUAUAUAAAACUAAACAAACUAGCAUCUCUGCUAGGGUUUAAUAAUUUGAUGUGCCACAACAGCAUUAGGAUAUUGCUUUGUGCUCUGAAGAAAUGGGUUUUCUAAACACACCUCUGCUUUUAUCCUGAAGAAACAUCUCUUAUUCCCACCUGACCAUCAGUUGCUUUCAUCUGCCCCUUACUGUCACUAUCAAUUUUGAUCUGAAAUACCAACAAGAGGAUCGUGUUCAUCUUGGGGCAUCUCCUCCAACAGGGAAAAGAAUAUUGAAGUAACGUUCUGUGCGUACACCCUUACUAUAUGUGUGUCAGCUUUGUUUGUUUGUGCAUCUGUAGGCAAUGGACCACUUGGAAUCCUUCAUUGCUGAGUGUGACAGAAGAACUGAACUGGCAAAGAAACGACUUGCAGAAACACAGGAAGAGAUCAGUGCUGAAGUGGCUGCAAAGGUACUUCAGUUGGGCAAAAUCAUGUGUGGCAGCCUCCUUUCUCAAAGGCUGUAUCAGCAGUUGCCAUCCUAUUCUCUUGUUACAUGGGGCUCCCAGUCUCCUCUCAUUUACUGGACCAAUUAUAUUCAUACUUGCCCAGCUUCAGCAAUGCUGCAUCCCCAGAUGUUCCCAGACAGUUCACUUGGCAUCUAUGUGAGAAGCUGGUCCUACCGUAAAGGUUAAAUGAAGGAGCUCUUUAAGUUGGGUGGUCCUUAGUUCAAGCUGCCUUGAAGCUCCUGUCAAGGUGUGGUAUAAAGCGUAAUACAAUUUCCCUAGCCUUAUAAAUAAGCCCGCAACACUUACCAGCAUGUAAUAAAUAAAUAUUACCAGCCUGAUGGGGGCUGGAAAAGGAGGAUCAGAGAACUGCAGCAGCAUCUGCAUUUCUGUGCUGCAGAGGAGGAAGUGGAGGCUGCAGUCCUUUAGCAGCUGCCUUGGUUUCUUUGCUAGGCUUUGUUCUGUCCCUCCCCCACCAGCCCUUAGGUUUUUUAACUGCCCUUCACUGUAAGAUCACUGUAAAUUGAUGUGGGUUACAUCAAUUUAAAAUGCAGUAUGAUAAACAUUUUAAAACACUGGCAUCACAAGGAUGGGGUGGGUCUUGAAAAUUCAAAGGUCAGAUAAAGAAGGCUGGUGCUGCAAUGAUAUUGCAAUCACAAAUUCACUAUCAGCCCCUGGGAUAGAGUUAGCUUACCUUAAAAGAUUACUUGCAUGAGGCAUUUGCCUUCCAAGCACUUUAUAAAUUAAUAAACAAUUAAAUAAGCGGUUCAUUUUUGUUUCAGUAUGUGUUCUGCUUUUCUACCAAAAGGCACUCAAGGUAGCUUGAAAUGCAUUGCAAAGCCAAAGGAAACAGGCUUCAAGUCACUUUACUGCAUUAGAAGGGAAUACCCCAUUCCCCAUUUUCCCUUGAAUCUUUCACACAAGAACUUUUCCCUUAGACCAGUGAUGGCCAAACUUGGUCCUGCAGGUGUUUUGGGACUACAACUCCCAUCAUCCCUAGCUAACAGGACCAGUGGUCAGGGAUGAUGGGAAUUGUAGUCCCCAAACAGCUGGAGGGGCCAUUACAUUCCUUGUGUGCCCAGACCAAAGUCAGACGCCAAAGAUGUAAUGUAUUCCCUUGAUCACUAAACACCAUCUCUCCUCUUCAGGCAGAAAAGGUGCAUGAACUAAAUGAAGACAUUGGCAAACUUCUGGCUAAAGCCGAGCAGCUGGGGGCUGAAGGGAAUGUGGAUGAAUCUCAGAAGAUACUGAUGGAAGUCGAAAAAGUCCGAGCAAAAAAGAAAGAAGCAGAGGUUUGCUUUGCUGUCUUAUUGAUAAUGUUUUAUACAAAAGUUACAAUUCGUUUUUUAUUUAGUCUGCUCUAGCUGCAAAAAUGCGCCAUACUAAAGCAAAAUGUGGAGUUGUCUCAAAGCAAAACUAGGUGAGGAAAUACUGAUGACCAAUUACUGUCUUCCUUGCUUUAAAUGACAGCUUCUGAGUAUUCCCGAACAGUUCCUCGUGACUUCAGAUGUAAAUCCUUCUAUGUAAAGAUGUGUUAGCAUCCUAACACAGUAUGUGCAGGAUUAACUGAGCUGUAGGUCAGAUAGUGGCUAUUAUUUCUAGUAUAUUGGGGUAGGUAAAAAAGUAAAAGUAAGGGACCCCUGACAGUUAAGUCCAGUCGCGAACAACUCUGUGGUUGCGGCGUUCAUCUCGCUUUACUGGCCAAGGGAGCCGACGUUUGUCCCCAGACAGUUUUUCCGGGUAAUGUGGCCAGCAUGACUAAGCCGCUUCUGGCGAAACCAGAGCAGCGCACGGAAACGCCGUUUACCUUCCUGCCGGAGCCGUACCUAUUUAUCUGCUUUCACUUUGACAUGCUUUUGAACUGCUAGGUUGAAAGGAGCUGGGACUGAGCAACAGGAGCUCACCCCUUCGCGGGGAUUCGAACCGCCGACCUUCCGAUCGGCAAGCCCUAGGCUCAGUGGUUUGGACCACAGCGCCACCCGCGUCCCUAGGGUAGGAGUACAGUGUUAAUAAGCUGGGAGAAAUUGUUUAGGGGGAGAGAUGAAAGCAUAAGAGAUAAACACUAUGGAGGUAUUGAUACUUAGCUGUCUGAUCUUCCAUAGGAGGAAUACCGUAAUUCUAUGCCUGCAUCCAGUUUCCAGCAACAGAAGCUGCGUGUCUGUGAGGUCUGCUCUGCAUACCUUGGUCUCCAUGAUAACGAUCGCCGACUUGCUGAUCACUUUGGAGGCAAAUUGCACUUGGGCUUCAUUCAGAUUCGUGAGAAGCUGGACCAGUUGCGGGUGAGAAUUCUGGUGUGGGGCAGCUGCUUUGGAUGCAGAAGGCCACGGUUCAAUCUCUGGUGUACAGAUGCCCUGAGGAGGGAUUGUAGCCCUGCUUCAUGGCUCCUGUGAAAUGUGGUUAAAUGAGCAAUAUGCUCUUGGAGCAUUGUCCGUCUCGUGCUCAAGACAUUGAAGAACUAGCCUGGUAGAGGAUGAAUUAACUUGUGGUUUUUUUGUCAGACUGGUGUUGUGGCACGCAGCCGCGUUUAACAAGGUUUGCUAUCUUUAUCAUAGAAAACUGUGGCAGAGAAACAGGAGAAGAGGAAUCAGGACCGGUUGAGACGGAGAGAAGAAAGAGAGCGAGAGGAGAGAACGGGUCAACGGUGAGUGAACUCUAGGAAGUAUUUGCAGUGGAAGGUUGUGGUGCUGUGGCUUAAGGGUGCUUGUGCUGCUGUGUGAAGAUCUCAAAGAAAUGGUGUGGCAAAGAGCAGGCAUUAGUCACACUUGGAUUGUGGGCAGUGCAUGGCACGUCAGGGCCAUAUAUUCUGGUUGCUUCUCCAAGUCAGGAGAAAAUGUCAGGUGUGGGCUUUGGAAGGGGGCAGAGAGGGAGAAAUGGGCAUGUUGCUGCUUGGGGAAAACUAGCAGGCCCUGCAGGCAAGCAGCAAAUGACACAACUGUCCGAACAGCUAGGGUUUUUGCCCUGAAAAAGGUGAUUAAACCUGCCUUGCUUUAUCAAAUAGCCACGCUAUGUAAUUGUUUCAUAGCCGUUUUUCUGAUUCAGCUUUAACAUAUUUAUCAUCCAUGGCCUUUAAGUCCUGAUGUUUAGAAUUCUUUUCCUAAGUGUUAUUUUGCUCUAAAAGAAUAUUUGUCCAUUUGAAAGAUUCCCACAACUCUGUCAAUCAUUAACUUACCUGAAACAAAUGUUGCUUUUUGCUAGGUCUGGAUCCAGAAACAGAGAUCGCAGAAGGUGAGUGUUUUAAGUUGGUAAUGGUGGUUCUUCAUUCUGGGUAAGGUGACUGGCAUUCCCUUGCAGUUCUUUCUCUUUCUGCCAUUCUGUUUGAGCAUUGGACCAGAAGAGGAAGAACCCCGGUGCCUUUUCCAGUUUGUAGCAAUUGCUUGCUUGACCAGUCCCUACUGUGGUUUCAAGGAAGUGUAUUUAGGGUGGGUAAACCACAAUUAUUUUAAAGGUUUAAAAUACUGGAUUGCUCCACUUGAUAGAGACUUGCCUUAGCAAAGUCCUUGCAGCAUUUUCAGUACAUACUUAAAGGCCCUUUCAUGCACCCAUUCUUCUGUAUGGAUGUUAGGUUGACAGUCUCAAGAUGGUGGUCUCAUGUUGAGGCAAAGCCAUUUAGACUCUGAGAGAAAGCCAAUCCCUUUAAUUUUGCCUGGAUUUUUGUAGGAAACCAUUGUAGCUGCUGAGACCCUGGGAGAACAUGCUCCUUGUGGCUGAGAGUAAAAGUGGAAGAAUGACUGAUACAUCUUUGCCAAGAAUUGCCUUGAAUAUACUGUAGCUGUUCAGGAGCACAAAACACCACCUUCUUCUCCACAUUGUCACAUCUGAAAUGGAAGCUUUGCAUCUUCCUCAACCAGGAAGUGCCCAGGCUCUUGGGGAAGAAGUGUAUAAUCUGGGCAGAGGUGAUGUAAAGGUUGCCUUUUCAGCAUGGUGCUGUGGAGGAACUGGAAACUGAGGGAGUACUAAUUGUGCAGAAGAGGAAGAAAAUGUUCCUGUUCUGCAGUAAUGAAAUAUAAAAGAGCUCAACUUAAUCCAGGUAGUAGCUUGCUUGAACUAAAUGCACAAAGGAUUAAUCCACAUGUAUUAAGUCAUCAAGGGAUGUUAUAGGACAGUGAGUGAAAUGAAAGUACUGAAUGUUAUUGUGUUAGGAAGCAUACAAGGUCCUAAAAUUACUGGAAUUAAUGCUUAAUCAGCGAGUCAUUCUUAUAUAGAAGCAUUUUAGCUGUUUAUUAAUCUUAAAUGUGAUUGGCAAAUCAGACAUUGCUAAAUGUUCUGGACAGCAUAAGGGGUUGAGGAAGCCUGUUCAAAAUAUUUUUAUGCAAAUCUGAAGCUAUUGGUGUUCUGCGAGGUAUGUCUUUUUCAUUUAUGCAUUAAGACAAGCAUAUUUUUAUGUAGGAUGUUGCAGUCCUACAAUACUGGUCAGACUUGACAGUAUUAGCCCAGGUUCAAUUUCUUCCCUGCCGGUCAUUAAACUCAUUGGGUGGCAUUGAGCAAGUCACAUUCUCAGCCAUAACCUACCUAACAGGGUUCUUGUGAGGAUAAAAUGGAGGAAGAACCCUGAAUGUAAUAAAAACUUGAAAUUGAAUUUCUUUGCAAAUGCAGCAGUGGGGAAAUCCAGCAGCUGUUAUGUCAAAUUCUCUAUAUCUCUGGGUUUUAUACUGCUUGUUCCUGGUUCUUGCAGGUCUCGCUCUCGAGAGCGGAGGCGAAGACGUUCGAGGUCCAUUUCCCGUGAGAAGCGAAAGUCCCGCUCCAAGUCCCGGGAACGAGAGAGGCACAGGCGCCAUCGCAGCCGUUCCGGCAGCCAUAGCCGAGGCCACCGGCGGGGAUCCAGAGACAGGACUUCAAAACACAAGUAGGCUUGGCUUUUGCAACCUCUUGGGGAAAGGCUUUUUGACUUGUAGUUUAGCCAUGAGAAACAAGCUCAGCUGACUAUUGGAGAAACAGUGAGAAAAUAGGGAUUGGUUCAGACUCCUUCCGAAGGCUGCCAUGGGGUGGGGUUGAAGAGAGCUGGUUCACGUGAUACAAUAAGUAGGGAAUGAAGUUGAAGGCAUGUGCUGCUUUCUCCCAUUGUCAUCCUAGAAGGUAGGGUGUGUAGAUGUUGUCCAUGAGCUCCAAAAGCCAUUUGGGACUCGCUGGAUUUCUCGUGGACUAGACCUGCAAGGGUGACUUUGCACAUCACCAGAGAAGGCUUCCCUACUUCUUUGCAACACUUGCUUCUGCUCAAAAGCAUGCUAGUUCUUCUGUAAGUAGCAGAGAGAAUUCUCUCAGACCCAGAAUGUUUGUUUGAAAUGGUAAGAUCUACUGGAUUUGAGACAGGCACAUACAUUUCUACUUGAGAGAGGCCCAAAUCGCUAGCACUGAUCUCUCAGGUGCUGUGUAGGUUUUGGUGGCCUGGCACACUGUGGCUGAAUUGCUUUGAGGGUAAACAAUAACCCAGGAUUACUAUUAGGGAGGUAGGCUUGAUGUGAACAGGGGCAGUAACAUGCUGCGUGGCCAGACGUGCUCCCAGAUUUGCUAUAAAUGCUUCAGAAUUGCUCCACCACAUGGUUAACUGGAUUCUACUUCUUUAAAAAUACAGUGGUACCUCGGGUUAAAUAUUAAAUUUGUUCUGGAGGUCCGUUCUUAACCUGAAACUGUUCUUAACCUGAAGCACCACUUUAGCUAAUGGGGCCUCCUGCUGCUGCGCCGCCGGAGCACAAUUUCUGUUCUCAUCCUGAAGCAAAGUUCUUAACCUGAAGCACUAUUUCUGGGUUAGCAGAGUCUGUAACCUGAAGCGUAUGUAAUCUGAGGUACCACUGUACUGUAGUUCUGAUCCUAGGAGAAGCUUAACAGGAAGAACUUCAGUUCAGAUCUACUGCAUUGAAGCUUGUUAACCAAGUGGCUUCCUGACAUACAGCUGUACCUAGUAACUUCCAGCUGCUAGUAAUCCACAGCAGUACUGCACGUAGCCUGGGGAAACCUAGUCUCUGUUCACCAUGUUCACUGGAUUGAUAAUGUCAACAAUAGAUGAGCAAGUGAGAAAUGAAGAGCAUUUACAGUUCUCUUCUCUAUGAAGGAAAUGAGUAUGGAAAAGUAGGUUGGCUAGAAAUGGGGUAUGUGGAAAUUAAUGACUCAUGGUUGAGAUACUAAAUUCAUUUUUUAAAUCUGUCUUGAACAUGAACAAUAAAGAAAAGAAGUUUGGACAAUUAGGAAAUGAGGAAGACCCUGUAAUUACUAUUGCUAAAGAGCAGGUAAGGGAAUGCUUCAGAAAACCCAAAUGUAUAAUAGCCCAUCUCAAAGUGUUCCCUUGGCGGGGAGGAACUGUAUCAGUCAUGUUUUCUGGAACAGUUAAAAAUUAAAAAUGAGAAGGCACAAGAAGUCUCAAAAGAAAAUGAAGUGUUUUAUUUCUUCCAAAAUAGAAAUCAUACUUUGAUAUGUUGCCAUCCCUAAAAAGUCAACAUCUCAGCAAUAGAUACUGAAGCUUCAAGAAGAUGUAAAAUGAUACAUAAGAGACUGUGUUGGGUAAAGAGUUGAAUAAUUUGCGGAUGUUUGGGCUAGUCCCAUCUUCUGCUUUUGCAUUGUUUAUCAUUUAGAUGCCAACACUUCCAAUUACUCUUAAGUUGUUUUGAGUUGCUGUGGUAAACAUGUGACUAAUAAAUUUAAUUAAUAAAUAAUAAGCUUUAUAGUGUGUUGGUGUAGCAUAGAAUAAUAAAAGCAUUGUAGGAGAACUGAUAUUGACGCCGGCCCCCCCCCCCCAAUUCUGUUGACCAAGUCCACUCUAGAGAAACUCCCUGUAAAAUAAAGCUGUUUGUGUUUGAGUUGCUGAUUGUCUUUCUCAGCUUGGUAGAAGCUUAGAGCCUAAUUUGUAGCUAUCCUUAGUUGGUUUUUGGUAUAAAGACUGAAUGCUUCUGCUUCUUAUCUGACAAAGUUGUCAUCCACAUUGCAGCUUUGAAUUUUUAUAAGCCGCUGUGUGUAUGCAGGUCCCCCAUCCCUUUAGCUGAUCACUUUUGUCAUGCUUAGCGUUUGUGUAGUUACGGUAGUCCCUAUUCCAGGGUAACAGUUUUAAUUUAUUUCAUACAUUUAAUUCCUGCCAUUCUUCCAGUGAGACAGGAGGUGCUUUUAAGGUGCACAGUGACCCUAUGAGGUGCAGUAAAUUAGAUAAAGGGACCCCUGACCCUUAAGUCCAGUCACGGACGACUCUGGGGUUGUGGCGCUCAUCUCGCUUUAUUGGCCGAGGGAGCUGGCGUACAGCUUCUGGGUCAUGUAGCCGGCAUGACUAAGCUGCUUCUGGCAAACCAGAGCAGCACACGGAAACACCGUUUACCUUCCCGCCAGAGUAGUACCUAUUUAUCUACUUGCACUUUGACGUGCUUUCGAACUGCUAGGUUGGCAGGAGCAGGGACCGAGCAACGGGACCUCACCCUGUCGUGGGGAUUCGAACCGCCCACCUUCUGAUCGGCAAGCCCUAGGCUCUGUGGUUUAACCCACAGCGCCACCCACGUCCCGCAGUAAAUUAGGCAUGACAAAUAGAGAGUGAGAGUGUAUGCACAUAUGCAUAUGGUGGGUGGGACUCCCCCUGUAGAAUGGGGUGCCAAGAUCACCUUCACAGGUUACUGUCAGAGACAGUAUGUCUCUGAACGCCAGUUGCUUGGAAAUACAAGUGGGGAAAGGUGGCUGUUGUGCUCAGGUCUUGCUAAUGGGCUUCCCAUAAGCAUCUGAUUGGCCAUUGUGAGAACAACAUACUGGAGUAGAUGGGCCACCAGCCUCAUCCAGCCUCAGGGUUCUUAACUUCAUUUCUAAGCCCACUGCUGUACAAGAGUGGCUCUCUGUUACAAUUCCUGUUUUCACAGACGGUGACUGUAGCAGUCGGGGCUGGCAUCAGGGGGCCAGUAUCACUGGGCACUUGCUGAGUCUCAUACCAUAAAGAGAGCGGCUAAUUAAAGGGCUGGCAAUAUCUCACCUCCCCGUUUUCACAUCAGAUCUGAUAGCGAUGGGCAUUGUGUCAGGUUUGUUGGUUGGAUCAAUCUCUAUCCCACUGUUCCUCCCAGAGGAGCCCAAGACAGCAAAGCCAGAAAAAUGAACAAACAUAAAUUUAAAAUAAAACACCCUCACAGCUGAACAAGUUGUACUUGUAAAGCACUUGUGUAAACUGGGAUUUGGUGGGAGGGAGGGGGAAACAUGUCAAAUGACUUAACCCUGCAUUGUGCUGGCUUCAGGGUUUAUGGUACAGUUGAAGGACGGAAAUAUCUAGGUAUAGGAUGAACUGUGGAAUAAAACAGGAGUAGAUAUGUGUGAGAGAUGUAUAAAAAACAAGUUGUCAAAAGAAAUUGGUUACUAGCCAAGAGGGAAGCAGGGGAACUCCCUGAAGCACAAAGAAGAGAUUUGUGACAGUGUAGAAGCAUAGGAAAGAGCCUUGUUUAAUAUUGAUGUCAUUGUUGAAUUUCUAGGAUUGAUUGAACAAAAAAAUAACUGAACAAAAUUCAUUUUAUUGCAAACUUGUAUUGUUUACUUCUCUGGUCCUGGGCAAAUGGGCCCAGCAGUCAUUGCACUGAGUUUAUUCCUCUGUGUUGCUAAGCCUGGAAUUUGAUUCACUAAUCUCAUCCUAGAGUGAGCCAUUGUGGAACCUUUUUGGCUUAUCAGAAUCUAACCUUGUGGGCCAAAUUUAAGAGGCAGGUGAGGCUGCACACCUGUCAGUCACCUGACAUCACAGGUUGCCCAGUACUUUGAAGUCUCAAAGCUGGGAGUUCAAAGCACCAUGUGCAUCCCAGUCAUCUGGUACAUUUAGAGUUCCCUGCAGGGAGCUUCCUAGCACACCUGAUCCAGCAGGCUUCAGCUCUGUUGCACAUUCUCCAUAGUCCAUUUGAAAAGAAUCAGGGAUCCUGGCAGACCACUUAAGAAACACCAUUUUUUCUUUUAGAAAUCAAAGCAUAUGCCUAAUUUGUCUUUUUCUAACCAUAGUCCUGUAUCUUUCAAAUGGGGUGGGCAUGCUGCUUCUGUGAGUGAUGUUGAUUGGAGAGCUUGUCAGCUUUUUCCUCAGGUCAGCAUUCGUCCUGUGUUAGGACUUAAGUAGACAGGCCAUUCAGGACCCUUCUUCAAUGGAUUGAUUUUUUUUUCGGGGGGGGGGGGGAGAUGAGUUGAUUGCACCAGCACCAUAUUAUGAAACUAUUGGCCCUUAGCCUGUUUGACAGUCUAGUCUUGAUCAAAAUAGCAUUGCAUCUCAUUUUUUGUUUCCAGCAAAAAGGGCUGUGCACAGAUAUCUGUAGCUCAGUUGGUAGAGCAUGAGACUGGGUAAUCUCAGGGUUGUGGAUUUGAACUCCACAUUGGAAUUGGAGACCCUUGAGGUCCCGUCCCACUCUACUGUUCUGCAGUAUUGUUGAGUGUUCUAUAGUAUUUCCAUGGGCAACCUGAUUGCAGCUUGUAGAUUUCAGCUUAUGAACCUCUGCAUCUAGUGCUUGACCUUGACUCAGGAUUUAGGUAGUACCUCACCCUGUGCUUAAUGUCUACCAACCCUGGAGGGUGGCUCUUCCCGCCCAUCUGGGCUGUCUUUCUGCCCAUGGUCCAGAAAGGAGAAUUGGUAGGCUAAGUCCACAGUUCCCUUUUCUGGUCUGAAAUGUUUUCUCUCUCUCUCUCACACACACACACACACACACACACACUUUCAUUCUAGAGCCCUACAGUAUGCUCUGGUUUGCUCUCCAGAUCCUCUAGAGAUCGGUCUUCAAGGGAGAAAUCACGGGAAAGAGACAAGAAAGAGAAGAGCUCUUCUGAACGGCGACAUGAAAGCACGAAUGGCAAAUCUCACCCUAAGAGAUCUGAAGAGAGGGAAGCCGGCGAGAUCUGAACUCCGGACGCGAUCUGUAUUGUACUGUAUAUAUAGUCUUGAGAAAUGUUCUACACAGCCCAAAUUUUUCUCAUUUAUAUUAACUGAAUACAGCACAUCUUUUGUAGUUCUGAAUUUCUAUUGUUUCUGCAGGUAGCAAAGCCAGUAGUGUGACAGUUUCCUAUACUGUUGACUUGAGACUUUUGUCUUUUAAUUGAAAGAAACAAACUCAGUCGCUGGUCUUCAAUGCAGUUUAGCGACUUAAGCAGAAUGCAGCAGAAGCAGGCAGAAGCUGUGGGGGUGGCGGGAUCAUAACGUGCUGUAAAAACUCAUGCUCCACCUGCCUACGUUAAAACAUCACUUGCCUUUCUAUUGCAGACUUGAGUUCAUAACAUACUAAAGAACCUCAGCAGCGCUGGUACUCCCCACCCCCCCCUUUCUAAAUAUGGCAGGUUCAUGUAAUGUUUCUGAUAUCCAAGACUUAGCUAAAUAUGAACAAGCCAGAUUGGUCAAAAGUAACCUACACCACAGCCUAGCUUAAUAAAGUUGUUUUGGGACAGCUGUACAACAUGGCACAAUAUCUCUUUUUCUUUUUUGUUGUAGUAGUUGUAUUUAGAGCUUGGUGAAAGUAGCACAGCAUUUAAAAUUUAAAUGGAUGUUAAUUGGAUUAUUUUGUCAAGUUAUGCAACUCGUCAGUGUGAAUUUUGCACUUCGGGACUUCAUUUUUCUGUGUCUGCUUCCUAAUUUCCAGGUUGCCAGUAUUGAUCCCACUGAAUAUAAAUAAUGUUGUUCCCUGAUGGAAAGGUCCUGGUGUAAGUGGGAUGGGAUUCCUCACACUGCAGCCUCAAACCGGAAGGCACGUUAGAGCGAUUCCAUUAAGAGCAGUGUUCACAAUAACACAGAAUGACUCUACCAAUUUGGCAGAUGAGGACCUGGCAUGGGGAGCUCUGUCGUGGGACAAACAAACAACUCCCACAUCUAGAUUGAUUCUGCAGUUACAGAGGGGUGGGGUGGGGGAGCAAGAUGCACUAUUCUUGUUGGCAGCAGUUAAGCAGAUUGCAAGACUGCAUUUGCUGUGACAACCUGAAACACAGCUGGUAGGGGUGUGUCAAAGAGGUAGAGGGGCAUAAUCAUAGUCAUAUACUUCAGGUUCUUUUAAUAACUGCUGAUAGCAGCGGAAAACAGUCAAGGUGCUGCUGCAGAGAGUGGUGUCCAGGGUACUAGGAGUUUUUUGACUUUUUAUUUGUAUAAUUAUCUAGUAGCUUACUGACCAAUUCCUGUGUGCCUCUUCUUCCCUCCAACUCCCUUUUUUUUCUUUUUUUUUGUGCUGCAGAAUUGUGUUCAUCAAUGCAUGUUUAAUCAAGUUUCUUUUCCGUUUUAUUCUCACUGCUGAAUUCUACCUUUCCCCCCUGCCCCAAGAGGAGUGGUUGAGUGUGUUUUCUCUCAGCCUUUUGUGUGUUUGUGAGUGACUACCAGGAGAACUAAUGAGCCAGCAGAAGGAGCAGAUGUGUUUCCUUUGGGGAAAUCAGAUUGAGACCUACAGCUGCCAUUGGGACAGGUAAUAUCUGGGCAUGCUCUGACCUAGAAUGUGUUGCCCUCUGGAAAGUCAGAGGGCACAGUGAGAAGCCAGCAAGGCAUAUCGUAUUGAGUGUAUAAAAUACUAGGAAUUCAUCCCUCUGUGGGGUUUUUAUGUUUAGUAUGAGCAGUUUGAUCCUUAACAGCACCUUUGUUUGCCUUUGAGGGAUAUUGGUCUAAGUAACAAAGAUGUAAGUAAAACGCUCUUCUCUUGCCAGUCUUAUUCACAUUAAAAGCUUAUCUUUGUGGCUCGGAGUGAA